AGUGACCUGCUCUUUGCUGCUGCAUCUGGCCUUGGGGCAGGCUUUGAGUGGCUGCUUCUAGACACGCUUUUCCUUGUGGACUGGAAGACAUUGGAGUCAGCUUUGUUGUCAUCUGUGUUCUGUGCGCUUGGAACUGGGAAAGGAGACGAAACCACAGAUCCAGAAAUGCCCUUGGUGUGCUUGACGGACUUUGAGGUGCAGGCGCGAGAGCAGCUGUCUAAGACAUCUUGGGAUUUUAUCAAUGGAGGAGCUGACGAAGGCAUCACCAGGGAGGACAACAUCGCAGCAUUUAAAAAAAUCCGCCUCCGUCCCCGAUACCUGAGAGACGUGUCUGAGGUGGACACCAGGACCACGAUCCUGGGGGAGGAGAUCAGUGCCCCCAUCGGCAUCUCACCCACUGGAUUCCACACCAUUGCCUGCCCUGAUGGGGAAAUGAGCACAGCAAGAGCUGCCCAAGCAGCCGGUGUCUGCUACAUCACCAGCACGUUUGCCAGCUGUAGCUUUGAAGAUAUUGUCGCUGCUGCCCCAGGAGGCCUCCGGUGGUUCCAGCUCUAUGUGCAGUCAGACCAGCAGCUGAACAAACAGCUGGUCCAGAGGGUGGAGUCCUUGGGUUUCAAAGCUUUGGUAGUCACCGUGGAUGCCCCUGUAGUUGGAAACAGGCGACACGACAUUCGAAACGGAUUAGACUUGAAGAGGAACUUAAUGCUAACAGAUCUCCGAUCACCUGGAGAGAGAAAUUCAAUACCUUCUCUCCAGACGUCGGCCCCUAGCCCAUAUUUCAGCUGGAAUGAUCUCUCCUGGUUUCAGAGCCUAACCCGAUUGCCCAUCAUCCUUAAAGGGAUCCUGACAAAGGAGGAUGCAGAGUUGGCUGUGAAGCACAAUGUCCAAGGCAUCGUGGUUUCCAACCAUGGUGGGAGGCAGCUUGAUGAGGUUCCCUCUUCCAUAGACGCUUUGACAGAAGUGGUGACUGCUGUAAACGGGAAACUUGAAGUGUACCUGGACGGCGGGGUCCGGACUGGCAAUGACGUGCUGAAGGCUCUGGCCCUGGGUGCGAAGUGCGUCUUUCUUGGCAGACCAAUCCUAUGGGGUCUUGCCUGCAAGGGUGAACAUGGUGUUAGAGAUGUUUUGAACAUUUUAAAAAAUGAACUCCACACUUCCAUGGCCCUUACAGGAUGUCGGUCGAUUGCUGAGAUCAAUCGGAACCUGAUCCAGUUCUCCAGGUUGUAAUGAAAAAGAGCUCACGACCAGACUGCUGGCUUGCACACAGGAGGAACACAAACUCACAACACGCGUGUGCUAUCAUCCUGCCUGGACCCAUCCUAUUCCACAGCUCACACCCUGGGCCUCCAAUCCCUUCACCCCUAUACUUCAGGCCUUUCAAACCCAUCUUCUUCAAAUACCUUUAGUCUCCUUUGCUUCACUGACUUUUUAUGUUAUUCUCUUGCCUAAAAUCCUCCUCUGAAAUAAAAGAUCUCAGAAGGGCAGAUCAGCAAUGACUGAAACAGCCCGUGGGUUAUAUUUUUUGCCUA